GCUCACCACCAAAUUCGAUGAGAUGGAGGGUAAAAUCAUGAAGCGUAUGGACUCGAAGUGCGAGGAGAUGGAGAAGAGGUUCGAUGCGAAGAUCGAGGAGGUCAAGCGUAUGGCAAUGGGAGGUGGGUCAUCCAACGGCUCCACCUUCGCCCCCGCCGCACGCGAUGAUGGUAACCCCUACUCGAAUGGAUUGGAGAACAGGCCCAGCACGCUGGAGCUGAAGAACUGGGUGGCCGACUGGGAGGACCCCGACACCACGAGCCUGACCCAGGUGGACGCGAAGGCGUUCUUGCAGCGCAUCUUCUCGGCGAUACCCGCCGAGGUCCAGAGUCUCAUCAACACCCAGGGUACCUGCGACAAGGUGGACCAGAGGCUGCUGCACACCAAGCUGCUGGUGGUGAUGGCUGCUGGCGGGUCUCGUAGCGAUAUGUGGAAGACGCAGAAGGAGAUCUCCAAGGUGCUCCCCUCCUUCACCAUCAACGGGCGCGAGGCGAAGUGCACCGUCACUCCGUCUCCUGAGGCGAAACCCCUCACGAUCCAGGCGGGCAAGUUCUACGGGUUCCUGGAAAGCCAGAACAAGCAGAAGGAGCUGUUCAACCUCCAGUACGGCGUCAGGACGGGCUCUCUCGUCGUGAGGUACGUCGCGCAGGCCGAGAGGCCGGUGAGGAUCGCGCAGUACACGAUUACGGUCCAGUUCGGGGACGUGGGCAUUGUGAGCUGCUACCUGCCAGAUUCUUGGAACAAAACGUUUGAACAGUUUCAGGAUGCGGUUGGCGAGAUCGACAACUUACGUUCAUGGAGUUUCAGCAUUGGUUGCAAGCACGUCGUCAUCGGGGGCGACUUCAAUACACAGCUGCCUCCUGACCUUCCUCAUGUCACGGGCCCCUUCAGUCCAGCAGUGUUCGCGUCGACCUCGGAAGGCGUGGAGAGGCAGGAGUUCCUUAUAUCUAAACUGAUGGAGUGGGGGCUGAAGGCUGCCAACACUUUCUCGCAUAGUUCGUUGGAAGCAGAUUCUAGCAGAGGUCUGAUUGCCAGUCAAAGCCCUUCUGUCUUGACCUCUACUUCAAAUGUCCCCGCGUCGGACACUGUGGUCUCAAGACGCUGCCGUACCUUCCAUCACCUUGGGAUGCAUUACGACGCCAUGAUUGACUUCAUUGCUGUGCCCACCUCGUGGGGCACUCGGUCGUCAUGUGCUAACGGGGAGGUGAUCGUGGUCGGCGGCGCGCAGCGGGACCACUUCCCGGUGUGGGUUCAGGUACUGGGAGGACAUUGCACCCUCCGUCGGCUGGGGCGUCGUCUCGCUCUGACGGGCUGGUCUCCUGAGAAUGCUGCUUCUCUGCAGAUGUACCGGGAGGGGGUCCUGAAGGACAUGGAGGAGCACGGAUAUGAGAUGAACAACACUAGGAUCGAGGAGUUCGGGAGGAGCCUGGUGACGAGGGCGAAGGAGGUAGAGCACAAUACGAGGGGGGGGAUCAUGAGGGACGUCUGCAACAAGCCAGAGAGCCUUUUGAAGAUCUCCAGAGCCAUUCUCUCGCUCCCGAAACAGGUUCAGGAGGACGUUUCUAAGUGGGGGAAGGUGGUGGAGGACUACUGUAGGCACAAGUACACGGACCCCGACGAGACCCCUGAGGUGGUCUUCAAGGUUUACGAGCUGUUUGCUUCUCGCCUGUGUUCUGGGGGAGGCCCCGUGGAAGCCUGGAAAUCUAUCGUCAUGACCUUUCUGGCGAAAGAGCCCGUAGCCCGCGACAUCGCUAAGCACUUCCGUGGCAUCUCACUCUUGUCAGCUACUUUGAAGUGGUACGUGACUUCUCUGACGCUGCUGAUGCAGGCGCAGGGCAGACCUCCGUUGUUACGACAGCUGUGCAUCAUGGGCUUCGAGCCGCACAUGUCGUGCAACCAGGUGAUAGGCCCCAUCUCGAUCCUACUCACCAAGUGCCACGAGUGGCAUCGUCAGUGCCCGUUCGCGCUUUUUAUGGGCGACGUCUAUCAGGCUUUUGACAACUUACGUGGGAGGGAGGUGGCACAUUGUCUAAACUUACGCAAUACUCCGGGGGACUUGGGGGCAGCUCUCCUGAGAGAGAACGUCGACUGUCGCCUGGAGGCGGUGUUCGAGGGGGUGCCGAUUCCGAACGGGGUCCCGUUUAGUAAAUGUGAAAGGCAAGGGUCCACGGACGCUCCGAUGAAGUGGAAUCUGGUUCUGGGGGAGGUGCUUCGGGAGUCGCAAGCUUACUUCAGGGAAAGCGACCUGGGGGUCACCAUCAACGGGCACAGCUACACGCACAUACUUUGGUGUGAUAACAUAUAUCUCAUGGGUAGGUCUAUCUCACAGAUCACACACAUGACCCAGAUCCUGACAGGCAUCCUAGCUAGGUAUCGGCUCUGCUGGAAGCCAAGUUCGCUGGAGUUUAUCUCGCCGGUGGAGCCGGAGACCCAAGGGUACUCCGUUAUGGCGCCCGAUCCUCGUGUGCCAUCAGGGGUUUUAAGCGCACUGACGGUUUCAAGAUGCUCUUCUAGUCUGCAGUUGGGGAGUAUCAUCACAGAGACGGGGAACGCGUGGCCCGACGUCAAGCGGAGGGUGGAAAGGGCCAGGGCCGCUUUUUGGGGAGAGAAGGUGUUGCGAUCUAAGCUGUUGCCUAUUCAAGAGCGCAUGAGAAGAUACUCAGAAUUUAUCGCACCCAUCUUAUGCUACGGGUGUGAAGCGUGGGCCAUGACACAGGGCAUGCUCGUAUAUCUGGCCAAGGCGGAGGGUGGGAUGCUGGGCAAGGUGGGGAGGACGAGGAAGAGGAGACCUGGAGAGAGCAUCGCACAGUACAUGCAGAACACCACGCGCGCCAUUCGUGAGAUGUAUGUCAAGCAGGGCCAUCUGCUCGUGCAUGAGCGCGUACUGCAGCAACGGCACAGAUUUGCGGGGCGGAUCUUCGGGGGUGGAACGGACUCGACUUCGGCUUUCUUCCCGUCGGGCUACGAGCAGCUCGGCUGCGAUGUAGGGGGGCUUGGCAGGGCGCCUCUCGAGACGGGGGCCCACCAGUUCCUGCAAGACGCGUUUGAGUUCAUGUGUGAAGACAAAUGGCAGGACCUCAAAGAGCAACAGAUACAGAAUCGCAAGAAAC